GGGCUAACGCGGGGCAUCCUUGCAGGUGGCAGUCGAGAGCAUUUCAAAGCGCCCACGCCAUGGUGGCCAAACAGCGGAUCCGGAUGGCUAACGAGAAGCACAGCAAAAACAUCACCCAGAGGGGGAACGUCGCCAAAACCCUGAGGCCGCAAGAAGAGAAAUAUCCUGUAGGACCAUGGCUGUUGGCACUGUUUGUUUUUGUUGUCUGUGGCUCAGCCAUCUUUCAGAUCAUUCAGAGCAUCAGGAUGGGCAUGUGACAGUCCCGGGGAUCUGACACGGCCUCCUGGAGGCCGGAGGACCGCGAAGUGUUCAGCCAGUAUCUGUGGGAAGCAAAGCCACACAGAACAGGAAAAAGUCUCCCUCAGUUGUUCCCUAAUCACUUCAUCGUGGAUGUCAGACCAAAUUGCUUCUCCCAGGACAUCUUGGCGCGUCUGUGUUCUGAAGCAGAAAGGACAUUUUGCUUUUCUGAUGGCCGGAUUGUUAGCCAUGCGGGUCGUCCAGGGCAGCGUGUCUGUGUGCUUUUUCCCUUGGUUUCAUUAAUGUAUGCAU